AUGGGCCAGAACCUGAUCCUCAACGCUGCUGAUCACGGUUUCACCGUCUGCGCCUACAACCGUACUACCUCCAAGGUCGACCGCUUCCUUGAGAAUGAGGCCAAGGGCAAGUCAAUCGUCGGUGCCCACUCCGUCGAGGAGUUCUGCAAGAAGCUCAAGCGCCCCCGCCGUGUCAUGCUCCUUGUCAUGGCCGGAAAGCCCGUCGACGACUUCAUCGAGUCCCUUCUGCCCCACCUCGAGGAGGGUGAUAUCAUCAUCGACGGUGGUAACUCCCACUUCCCCGACAGCAACCGCCGCACCAGGUACCUGAAGGAGAAGGGCAUCAGCUUCGUCGGCAGUGGUGUCUCUGGUGGUGAGGAGGGUGCCCGCUACGGUCCCUCUCUCAUGCCCGGUGGGAACGAAGCCGCCUGGCCCCACAUCAAGGAUAUCUUCCAAAGCAUCGCCGCCAAGAGCGACGGUGAGGCUUGCUGCGACUGGGUCGGUGAUGAGGGUGCUGGUCACUACGUCAAGAUGGUCCACAACGGUAUCGAGUACGGUGACAUGCAGCUGAUCUGUGAGGCUUAUGACAUCCUGAAGAACGGUCUUCAGCUUCCCGCCAAGGAAAUCGCCGACAUUUUCGCCAAGUGGAACAAGGGUGUCCUGGACUCUUUCCUUAUCGAGAUCACCCGUGAUAUCCUGUACUUCAACGACGAGGAUGGCACCCCCAUGGUUGACAAGAUUCUUGACCAGGCUGGUCAGAAGGGUACCGGCAAGUGGACUGCCAUCAACGCUCUUGACUUGGGCAUGCCCGUCACUCUGAUCGGCGAGUCUGUCUUUGCUCGUUGCCUUUCUGCCCUCAAGGGCGAGCGUGUGCGCGCCAGCAGCCUCCUCAAGGGCCCCGAGACCAAGUUCGAGGGCAACAAGGAGCAGUUCAUUGACGACCUUGAGCAGGCUCUGUAUGCCUCCAAGAUCAUCUCCUACGCUCAGGGCUUCAUGCUCAUCCAGAACGCCGCCAAGGAGUACGGCUGGAAGCUCAACAAGCCUGCCAUUGCCCUCAUGUGGCGUGGUGGCUGCAUUAUCCGCUCCGUCUUCCUGAAGGACAUCACCAACGCUUACCGCCAGAACCCUGACCUCGAGAACCUCCUCUUCAACGACUUCUUCAACAACGCCAUCCAGAAGGCCCAGAAGGGCUGGAGAAACGUUGUCUCCCAGGGUGCCUUCCUCGGUAUCCCCACCCCCGCCUUCAGCACUGCUCUGUCCUUCUACGACGGUUACCGCACAGCCAACCUCCCGGCCAACCUGCUGCAGGCUCAGCGUGACUACUUCGGUGCUCACACCUUCCGCAUCAAGCCUGAGUUCGCCAACGAGACACACCCCGAGGGCAAGGACAUCCACGUCAACUGGACUGGCCGCGGUGGCAACGUGUCUGCCUCGACCUACAUUGCUUAA